AUGUCUCUCUAAUAUUUCACAAAAAAGGAUAUAUAAUAAUCAAUAGGAAUGCUGUUAAAUUUAUACAAUUCAAACACAAAAGAAUAUUUUGGUAGAACUUAUGAAUCUCCAUAAUUGGAAUUGAAUUACUAAUAAGCAAAUCAAUUAUUGGAACACCCAGAAGUAUUUUGUUAUUUUCAUUUACGUUAAAUUGAAUCUAUUUAAGUUGCUGCAGAAAUUGUGUUGUUUGGUAUUCUCAAAUAUAUAAUAUUUUAAGUAUUCAACAUUUAAUACUUAUUGGUAAUCUAAAUAUUUAAAGAAAAAGGAUCAAAUUAUAUAAAAUAGAUAGAUUAUUGGUUAGUGUUUAGGGGAUAUUGGUUAAGAAGGGGUUUAUCGAGAUUCUUAAUUAGCAUGAGAUUAUUCACUGAACAGAUUCAUAAGGUAAUGGUGAGCUGUGUAGAUGACAAAUCUCAUGAAUUAGUCAGAGGAUGA